GGUGUGGCUGGAUUUUUGCAGCAACCAACCAUUUGCAUUGUAGAGAGAAACACGCGCAGUGGAGUAUCAAUGGGUCAGUUCCAAUCCAUAGCGCUCAAGAAGGCCCUGGAGAAAGAAGAGGAUGUCUUUGAGAGAGGAGAAGGGACCACUCUAAACCUACAGGGGCUUACAAUCAGUGAGAAAGAUGCCAAACUCUUAGCAGACACUUUCAAAAAGCAUCAAAGCCUCGGAGAAAGACUACAGCUUGUUCAACUGGGAGCUUGUUCUUUAUCACCGACUGCAAUACACAAUAUAGUUACCGGGAUAGCUAGAACAAGAAUUGCUAGCACUAUUACUAGAAUAGACUUGAGCACGUCUAGCAGCAUACCAGAGGGUAACCCUUUGGGUAAUGAUGGAUCAGUUAGCAUAGCAUUAUUUAUUCGAAGUUGUAAGAACCUCCAGCACAUGAAAGCAGCUGCCUGUCAGUUGGAAUGUGGAGGGAUGAGUAAUAUAUCAGCAGCUGUGUCUUCAAGUACCUCAUUAAAGACCCUGGAUUUAAGUUAUAACAAUAUCGCUGAUACUGGUGCUCAGUAUCUUGGCUCUGCUUUGGCUGCUAGCAAGUCUCUCCAAGGUUUCUCGUUAUGGAGGAACCUCAUCACGCCCGAAGGUUGUAAGUACCUUGCUGAAGGUCUCAGCGAGAACUCUAGUCUCAAAUGGCUUGGGCUUGGUUGUAACAGCAUUGGAGAUAAAGGAAUGGAAUAUUUAAUGGAAGCACUAGUUGAUAAUAUUGCCAACUGCAAGCUGACUUGGCUUGCAUUAGGUAAUAACAAUAUUUCUGACGACGGUAUUGAAAAACUUGCUGAGUUUCUCACGGCCGGUUGGACGAGUAUUGAUGAUGAUGAGGGAGAAGAAGGUGUGGCUUGUCCAGUAACAUCCCUCGGGCUAGGAGGAAAUGAGAUAGGGGACAGAGGAGCUAAGGAACUGGCUCAAGCACUUGAUGUGAAUGACAAAUUGUCAUCUCUCGGUCUUUCUUGUAAUAAAAUUGGUGAUGAAGGUGCAAAGGCGCUAGCUGAGAUGCUCCGAAGUAACCAAACGCUAGAGAACCUUUCGCUCUCUUCAAAUCAAAUCGGAACCGACGGAGGGGAAACCCUCAUAGCCUCACUCUGUGAUAACACGACGCUAUCAAAACUACUGCUAGCACAG